CCUGUCACAUCAUGCGUUGCAAGCAUUUAGUGCAGUCUAACAUCUAAGUAGCAUGCUGUAUUUAAUUCAGCCAAUGCUAAGUGUGCAUGUCUGUCUGGCGUGUUUGUGGGUUUGGGUUGCUUUUAGUUCUGAUUAUUUUCUAAGAAUCAAAGAGAAAAGUAAAUUACUGCUGAAUCAGUAGAAACAUCAGUGAUUGAAGGGCUGUGCAUGCUCCUUCUGACCAGAGGGAGCAGUGAUGACGGUGACGUACUCAAGUCGGGUGGCAGAUGCCCGCCUGGGCACCUUCUAUCGCCUUCUGCUGCGGUGGAAGGGAAGUAUCUAUAAGCUGUUAUACAGAGAGCUGCUCAUCUUCACUACCAUGUACUGUGCUAUCAGUGUUACAUACAGGUGUCUACUGGAUGAAGGACAGCGUAGGAUGUUUGAAAAGCUGUCCAUGUACUGUGAUCAGUAUGCUCAACUCAUCCCUGUUUCAUUCGUACUGGGUUUCUACGUGACUCUUGUGGUCUCUCGUUGGUGGGGUCAGUUUGAGAGCGUGCCAUGGCCGGAUCGCCUGGCAGCGUUGGUAAGCGGACACGUGCGGGGCGCCGAUGAAGGGACCAGACUAAUUCGCAGGAGUCUGGUGCGUUACGCCAACCUAUCUGGCAUCCUCAUCUACCGAUCGGUCAGCACUGCCGUCUUCAAGAGGUUCCCGACAAUGGGCCACCUCGUUCAGGCAGGUCUGAUGACCGCUGAGGAGCUGAGGCAGUUAGAAGAACUGCCCUCCCCGCAUAAUAAAUUCUGGGUACCCUGCAUGUGGUUUGUUAGUCUCGCCAUGAGGGCUCGAUCAGAGGGCACCAUCAGUAAUGAUGUCGCUAUGACGGCCAUCCUUAAUGAGUUGAAUACACUGCGCUCUCAGUGUAUGAGGCUGUAUGGUUAUGACUGGAUCAGUCUGCCUCUUGUUUACACACAGGUGGUAACUGUGGCUGUGUACAGUUUCUUUUUGGCUUGUCUGAUUGGUCGGCAGUUUCUCGACCCCACACAAGGUUACCCAGGUCACAACCUUGACUUCUACUUGCCAGUCUUCACCUUAUUGCAGUUCUUCUUCUAUGCUGGCUGGCUCAAGGUGGCUGAGCAGCUCAUUAACCCGUUUGGUGAGGAUGAUGACGACUUUGAGACAAACUGGUUGGUGGACCGUAACUUACAGGUGUCUCUGCUGUCAGUGGAUGAGAUGUAUGAUCUGGUUCCUCUGGUUGAGAGAGAUAAAUACUGGAAUGAAUCCGAACCGCAGCCGCCGUACACAGCUGCUAGUGCAGAACACCGCAAACCAUCAUACAUGGGGUCUGCUUUGGACAUCAGUGUUCCCAAAGAGGAAAUGGAAUUCCAACACAAUCUGGAGCAGAUUAAGGAACACGAAGAGGCCAACCAUUCCACUCCUUUCCUGGGCAGCUUGAGUCGCCUUCUGGGCGUCCAGUCCCCUACCUUCCACCGCUCAACUCCCUCGUCGCGAGUCUCCCUCUUGCGGCGUCGUCCUCGAGCUCCCUUCUCUCGUUUCCCCCUUUACCUCCAUCCCGAAAGCUCUCCAAUGCCCAACCAUGUCCGAAAUGCUCCAGAACGUGACAUGGCAGAGGACGCCUUCUCUUCCAUGCCCCUAUACGAAAGACCUGGAUUCUACAGCUGUCCUCAAACGCCCAUCCACUGCGUACCGCCACCUAUUCCCCGCCCGAGACCUCGACAACCGCAGGGCGACAGUGCGAACAGCUCAAGCUCCCUGGCACAAACUCUGGUGGGGUCACAAGUCCUGGCUCCAACUGAUAUGCCCGUGAAUCUGCCGCCUCUUCCUUCAUCCGCUUUUUCUUGGGUGGGCGAAGACGGGAAAGAUUCAACGAUUCCCGCUUUCACCUUUCCUGACCCCAUUUUUGAGUUGAGCCCAUUACCCAAAGUACGCCCAAGUCAAGGGCUGUUGUCGCGCCGUCUCCUACCUCUGCGGCUCUCUUUGGACACGUCGCCAUCUGGGGAGGGGCUGUCGACACCCACUAGCACCCAGAUUGUUGGUGCACCAGGGGAGAGGGUGUUUUCGUUUACGCCUACGUCUUGGCCACAAGCCCAUAUGAACACCGCCAGUUCAGGGAGCGUAAACGCAGCCACAUCGACAAAUAGUAACAAUAACACCAAUAGUAAUGGAAACCUGUGCAACGGCACUGCAAAUAACCCCUGGCCAAUCAACAGAAGCAACACCGCAAACACAGACAAUCCCCUUAAUACAAGUCCCCCGGCGACUCAGCAGGCAACCAAUCAGCACCAAUCUCCCAAUGACUCUGGGAUCUCACUGGAUGAUGGGGAACUGUUGGGUAGGGGGCGGAAAACUAGUGAGGUUGACUCUUGACUUUUAUGUCCCAGACUUCUUUCUGAUUGUUCAGCCAAUGAAACAGCACUACUUUAUGAGCUUAUUUCUUCCACAGAAUUUAAGAAAAUAUAAGAGAGCAUGGACACCCCCCUUGUCCCGACAGCAUGUGCAAUAUAUCCUAAGUCUCAUAAAACCAUAUGAUAGCUUUAAGUGAGGAACGGUUCGAAAUUUAAGUCCUUAUUUUCCCAAAUCUUUCCCUUUGCCGUAGCUCUCAAAUCUCAUUCACACUUUCGCUCAAUUCAAAUAUUGCGCACCAGAUUUAAUAUCAUGAUGUUAAACAUUAUUGGUUCUUGCGUGCUACGUCAAACUUUGGAGAUCCGAUGAAACCCUACAGUUGAAGAUUUUCAGUGAAUAAUGACCUUGAUGUCAGUCAGUUCGUCACACGAAGCUAUCGUAUAUCUUUAGAAGAAUUAGACUACGUUUAUGAUACUUUUAUGGUCUAUUUGUUCUUUUUGAAGCUUGUUAGCCCCAGAAAACAUAAUGAAAAAGAUUCAAUGGAAGAAAGAUAGUUGGGUUUGGAACAACACGAUGGUGAGUAAAUGAUGACGGAAUUUAAUUUGGUUAAUUUACACCAGCAGUCUUCACACUGGCAAUAACAGUCUCUUGAUAUAUACAUGCAUAUAUAUAAUAGUUUUUUUCUAAACGGUUUUACUGCAUUAAAAAGCCAAAUGUGUGAAUUGUGAAAGAAAACUUCCUGGUUUAGACAAAAUGUGUAUUAAGAACGAUCUGUAAUUCUUGACACAUCCCAAACAAACAUCUCAAACAUAAUGCAUUAUGGCAUUUAAACUGAAUUAAACUAUUGUACCAACUUGUGACGGUCACAGCGAGUCUGUUGACUGAUUCUUAAUUCUCAGAAUGAAGAAAGUUCUCAGAAAAGAGGCCAUUUUUGGGUUGAUGUUGUUGUUGUUGUUGUUGUGAAUUUAUUGAAAGCAUGCAAAAGUUACAUGCAAACACUCUUAGAUCAUAUUCAGAAUGAAAUACUAGUAUGUAAACUAAUAUACAGUAUAAAAUGAUAAACAUUUCUCUUAGUCUGCUACAUUGUCACAUUGCCUCAUUACAUGUUUAAUUCAACAAGUGUUGUCCAGUUACCUCAGAA